GAUAAGGUGAAGUUGAACCCACUUCUGUUAAGCACGAAAUUCACGCGUUUGCGAAUCACGACUGGCCAUACACGCUGACGAGAAGGUUGAGUAGACACGUUAAAAAGAAGGCUAGAUUGGAAACAUGUUGCUCGUUACAACUUUAACUAUUUUAUUUGCGGCACGUGCCAGUGCCUACACUGCCGAAGAUCCUGACGAUGCCUCUAUUUCUAUAUUGGUGAAAAGGCUGUUCGAAAAAGACUCGAAUUCAUACCGGAAUUUGCUUGCAGCACGUGCCGGUGCUGACUUUGAUGAAGACCUUGCUGUAACCCGUCAUUCCCGUUUGGUGACGCCGGUACCAGAGGACUCAAAUUCAUACCGGGAUUUGCUUGCAGCACGUGCAGGUGCUGACUUUGAUGAAGAUUUUGCUAUGACCCGGCAUUCGCCAUUGGUGACGCCGGUACCAGCAUACCGUACUGAGAACCUAGAUGAGAGCCCGAAAUCUUCAUUGGUGGAUACAAUAUUUAAAAAG